AUGCUACGCCGGACAAUCGCAUCCGGGAGAUCCUGCCUCGAAUGCAGUCGCCGAAAGAUCAAAUGUGAUAGGUCAUUGCCUUGUUCCUAUUGUGUAAAGAUCAAAGCGGCAUGUGUUUAUCCGCCGAUGAGUAGGCGCUCUCGAAGCCCGGAUUCAGCGAAUGCCGAGGUCACGAAUCGGCUUGAUAGAAUCGAGGAAGCGCUACGAGUGCUAGGCGAGGAUUUGGGUCAAAUCAGAGAUAUACUACAGAUUGUUAAGCCUUCGGCCACAAUCAGGACCCCGAGUAGUGGUGAAGUUCUCCCGUCGAGGCCGGGUAAUAGACGGUUGGAUGAUAGAAACCGUAUUGAUAUUGGCCAUCCAUUGGAAAGUGAACGAGAGCGACCGCGUCGUGCCGUUAACACUUCUGAUGACGCAAGAUGGCCAGCCGAACAGCAGCAUCCAUCACCUGUCACUGUAUCCAUACUGUGGCAUUGGUAUUUGGAUACCGUCGAUCCCGUACUGAAGGUAUCCCAUACGCCUAGUGUUCAGAAAGACGUUAUGCUAGUUAUCAAAGAAGAGACCUUUGGGGACGUGGCAAAACAAUGUUUGCUCUUCGCGAUCUUCUACGCUUCAAUAAUUAGUAUGCCAUCUACCACCUGCCUGGACAAGCUCGGUGAAGACAAGCCAACGCUAUUGGAACGAUACCGCAACGAUGUCGAGCGCGCAUUGGCACGAGUAGACCUUUCGGGCUGCUCAGACAUGACCCUUCUACAAGCCCUUACCUUAUAUCUUACCUGCGCGCGAUUGGACAGCCGCAGCUCAGUCAAAGCCUACCUCUUUACAGCCAUCAACAUGGCAUACCGGCUAAACAUCCACCGUGAUGGCACGCUGCAGAACAGUUCAGUAUUGGAGACAGAAAUACGUCGUCACAUCUGGUGGCAGCUCGUCACCCUUGACCUUCGAACCGCGGAAGACCACAACACAACCCCCUAUAUCCUCGAACCAUCCUUCACCACACAGCUUCCCUCCAUCGUCGUUGACGCAGACCUCCCAACCCCAAGCACAUCCACAGCCACUACAUCCAGCACGUUCUUCCGACUGCUUCAUUUCGAACUCAGCUCCUUCACUCGACGUAUCAUAUUCUCGGAAACCUUCAACCAAGCAAACGAUUACCCAACGUUGUCCCCGAUACAGAAGCACCAAGCCAUCAACGCCUUCCGCCAAUCCCUCGAAAGCCGAUAUUUCUCUCACUGUAGUUCCAUCAACGCCCUAGAGUUCAUAACAGCGGCAACUGUUCAACUCUUCCUUGUGAAAAUGAAAUUAUCCGUGUGUAAACCCGGACACAAUUUUCGGCCUAUUUGUGUAGAGGUUCUUCAGCGAGCAUUAGCUCUGAGGGAGCAUGAGCUGGGACAAAAGUGGCUUUGGUUGGUUCAGAGGGAUAUCGAGUGGGGGAUGUUGGAGUUGUUGCUAAACGAUCUGUGUGCAGAGGAGAUGAAUGAAGGAAGAGACGAGGCGUGGAGGGUUGUGGAGCAGGCAUAUGGAUAUUGGAAGGGAGAUGAAACUACACGGGGGACUAUUAAGUGGAACAUUAUUGAGGAUCUAAGGACUCGAGCGUUGAAUGUUCAGGCUAACGAGGGCGAGGUCUCUAUGAAUGAUGUGCCGAAUGGGCCUGAGCCGGUACUGUACACGGACUGCCAAGUGCCGGUGGAGGAGCUUGCUGAAGGUACUGGAACUGUGGAACUGCCAGGUGAUGGGACUGUGUGCGAGUGGAGUAUGGAGGCGUUUGAGCAGUAUUUUCGGGCGCUGGGUGCCGGGAACGAUAUGUCGAAUGUGCUUUAA